GCUUUAAUAAAAGCAGAUAGACCUUUGAUCUUUCAUUCACAACCUUUUGUCAACAUAAGAUAAGUUGAAUUAUAGUACAUCUGAUAAGGAUUAGAAUAAUGUAUGGCAGUAAACACCUUAUCCUGGCCUGCUUAUUAGCAAUAUGCAGUGCGUCUCAUGGAAACAUUUCGCAAUAUCUGGAUACUGAUGAUAUUCCAGUUGGGCCAUUGUGUUACAGCUGCAGUUAUUUAACCGAUCCGAGAACUUGUGGCACGCAAGUUCGAUGUGGGAGGGAUGAGAUAUGUAUGUUGCACGAGUUAAUGCCAGGAGCAGACGGUAGCAAGAGGUUUACGUCCCACUGUGAAACAGAAAUAGUAUGUCAAAAUUUGAGAAAUCACGCUAAAAAGAGCCGCACGUGUUUUGUCAUAUAA